UUUCUCUCUCUCUCUCUCUCUCUCUCUCUCUCUCUCUCUCUCUCUCUAUAGAAUUGGAAAACUUGAGCAUGCUUGAGGUUGUUCAUAUCACCAAUGAGGCGUUUUCAAGAUUCUAGACUUUGACCUGAUAUCCUGCAAUUAGAUCUACUGAUCGCCACCAUAGAAGUGGAUCGACGUUUUAACCGAUAAUUAAAACGAAUGGUGGUUUUAGAAUCCGAAAUCAUGUCUCCCGGCGAAGUUGAAUCCCCAUUGCAGUCCGCCGAUCAAAACCAGGCUAGAAAUAAUAAUGUCCAAAAUGCCCUUGUGCCACAGCUGGGUCGCCAAUCUUCCAUCUAUUCUCUCACUCUAGAUGAGUUUCAACACACUCUUUGCGAAAGUGGAAAGAAUUUUGGGUCAAUGAACAUGGAUGAGUUCCUCAACAGCAUUUGGACAGCUGAAGAAAACCAGGCUCAUGGACAAGCCGCCCAUCCUCCAGCUGCCGCCACUCCGGCCGCCAUGGCUACUAAUGGUGGCGCCACCAGUAGCGGACAGUUCUUGAUGGGACUCAACACUAGUUCAGCCGAACAGAAUAUGAUGGUUAAGCAACACAGCUUGCCUAGACAAGGCUCCUUAACUCUUCCGGGCCCACUCUCCCGUAAAACCGUCGAUGAAGUCUGGUCGGAGAUACAAAAGACACAACAUGAACACCAACAAGAGAGAAAUAACUCCGGCAAUGCUCAGGUUCCCGGGUCAGCCCAGCGUCAGCCUACUUAUGGAGAAAUGACUCUUGAGGAUUUCUUAGUGAAGGCGGGGGUAGUUCGGGAACAGAACCAUCCGAAUGCUCCACCAGUUCAGCAGCAACCCCCGCCACCUUUUGGGUUGUAUCCCAACGGAAACAACCGUGUUGUUGGUCCUCCGCCUGGUUCAGCUCACAUGGGAAGGCCUGUUAUAGGUGGUGCCACCGCUAUCCCACCAUACUCACCGCUCAUUAGGGAGGCCCCAGGGUACCCCGGAGGUGGAAAACGGAGCAGCACCUACCAACCUCAGCCGAUUUCAUGUUACGGAGGUAUGGUUGGAAAUGGAGGUGGUUACGGGCAGGGAUUAGGGAUGGGGUCUCCGGUGAGUCCGGUGUCUUCCGAUGGGAUUACCAACAGUCAGCUCGAUGGCGGGAAUCAGUACGGCAUGGAUAUGGGCGGCAUGAGGGGCGGACGGAAGCGGAUAAUCGAUGGUCCAGUAGAGAAAGUGGUGGAGAGGAGGCAACGAAGGAUGAUAAAAAACCGAGAAUCUGCUGCGAGGUCUCGAGCUAGAAAACAGGCUUACACAGUAGAAUUAGAGGCAGAAUUGAACAUGCUGAAAGAAGAGAAUGCUCAACUUAAACAAGCUCUGGCAGAAUUAGAAAGAAAAAGAACGCAACAGGUUUUUGAAGAAAUGAGAAUGAAAACACUACCAAAAGCUCAAAAGACGAAAGAGAAGUUGAGGGUGUUGAGGAGAAGCUCGAGUUGUCCACCAUGAUUGCAUGCCAAAUGAAUCUCAAGGGAGAUUAGCGCUUUCUUCUUCUUCUUCUCAAUAAGAACUAUAUAUAGUGCGAAAUAAUGAGAUUAUAUUAUAUAUAUAUAGGUUGUUUUUUUUUUUUUUGUUUUGUUUUUU